UACCUCCAGAUACCCUCAGCCGACGUCCCCCUGGAUAUCAUCAAUCACCAAAUCGGGGAUGGUCAUCACUAUUGUCUUCCCGGGGCAAUCCCGGAUCAUUAUGAAGAACCCAUCCACGAUGAAGAUGAUGAAGAACCCCCAAUCAUACCCGAACAACCACAACCUCAAGCAUUCCACUACACACCUUUCGAGCAACAAAUGCUCGAUAACAUGGUCACGCUCAACCAGAGCAUUGUGAGGAUGGAAGAGCAGCGGCAAGCAGACUGGCGUAGGUAUGAGGAAGACAGACGGAGAUCUGAGGAGGAUCAGCGUAGAACCUUUGGUCCGAUAUACUCAUAUAUAGCACACCAGGGCUCCUUUUCCUCUAUGACCACUCCACCUCCUGCACCAUCAUGGUAUGACCCCUCUCAGUGGGAUUUCUUUGGAGGAUCGAGCUCCGGUGGUGGAGGCUACGAUGGUGGUUAUGGCGGGGAUCACAUGGAUGAGGACGGACACCAAGGUGGAGGUCUAGGCGGACACUAGGGACAGUGUCAGAUCCUAAGUGUGGGGGUGAAGAGAUCUUCCCGGAUCCUGAGGGCGAUUACUAUUGAGAGUUCGGAUUAAAAUUGAAGACCCAUCUUUACUCUUUUUGUUUUGGAGAUACUUUAUGUAUUUGUUAUAAACACUUGUGGAUGUUGGUG